AUGGCUCAGAAGCAUUUACAUGAGCUGCUCAAAGAAGAUCAAGAGCCGUUUCUUCUCAAGAACUACAUUGCUGAUAAACGUUGCCAGCUGAAAAGUCCCUCCCCAAAAACCCAUUUGCAGGUCAAAAAACGCAGACCCAUCUCCCAAGUUCCAAACUUUCCCGGAAACCUCUGCAAAAACGCUUGCUUUUUCUCUCUCCAUGACUCUCCGGACCUCAGAAAAUCUCCACUCUUUGAGUUUUCAUCACCAGCAGCCAGAAGCCCAUGCAAGAGUCCCAAUGCCAUUUUUCUUCAAAUCCCAAAUAGAACCGCAGCUCUGCUUGUUGAAGCUGCUAUGAGGAUUCAGAAACAGUCAUCAUCCUCAAAACCCAAAACUCAGAACAAAAAUCACAGCUUUGGGCUAUUUGGCUCGUUCUUGAAGAGACUAACAACUCGAAAUCGAACCCAAAAGCGAGAAAUCAGAGGGGAUGGGGUUAAGGUCUCUGUUAAGGACAUUCUUAGGUGGGAUUCAUCAGUUGGUCGUAGAAAGAUUUCCAAUGAGGAAAAGAUUGAGUCUUGUUUGGCUGUUGAGGAGCAAACUGCUUCUGAGAUAAGCACUGGUUGUGAGGUGUGCUUUUCUUCUUCUUCUUGCACUGGUAGGCCCAGCAGUGCAGUGUGGUCUGAAACCAACGAAGACAAGUCUUUGGAUUUAGAUACUGCCUCAAGUAGCAGCCAGUCUGAGGGCUCAGAAGUGAUUGAGUUUGUGACCCAACGAAGAGUAGAUUCAGCUUGUCUUUGCAAUUGUGAGAAGAUCAACAAUGGCUUCUGUGAUAGCCCUUUUCGUUUCGUGCUCCAAACAACACCCCCGCCGUCCGGCCACCGGACGCCGGAGUUUUCAUCGCCGGCGGCGUCUCCUAGUCGCCACAAACAAGAGGAGGAGGGAGUGAAGAAAUUCCAAGUAGAAGAAGAGGAAGAGGAAGAUAAGGAGCAGUGCAGUCCUGUUUCUGUAUUGGACCCUCCAUUCCAAGACGAUGACGAGGGACGUGACGGUGACGGUGACGGUGACGAUGAAGACGGUUUUGAUUUGGAGUGCAGCUAUGCCAAUGUACAGAGAACAAAGAAUCAGCUACUGCAGAAGCUUCGUAGAUUUGAGAAAUUGGCAGGGUUGGAUCCAAUCGCACUCGAAAAAAGAAUGUCAGAAGAAGAAGAUGAUGAAUAUAACAUGGAUGAUCUAGAAGGACAAUCAGAACAGUAUGACGACGAUGAAUCAGAAACAUCAGAUAGCAGGAUGGAAGAAAGUCUUGAUGAGCUUGUCAGAGAAAUACUUUCCCAAUCAAACUUCCAUUGUAUCCGAAAAAGAAUCCCGGCAGACGUGAAGAAGUUAGUCUCAGAUCUCAUUGUUGAGGAACAGAAAGAAGAAGAAGAAGCUGCUUUUACUGACAAGAGAGUAGUGGUGGUGAGAAGGGUCUGCGAGAGAUUUGAGUCCUGGAAAGAGGUGGAAUCUAACACCAUUGACAUGAUGGUGGAGCAAGAUUUCAGAAAGGAGCUUGAUGGGUGGAAGAAAAAUCAAGACCAAGUGGGAGAGACUGCAAUGGAGAUUGAGGUUGCCAUCUUUGCCCUACUGGUGGAUGAAUUGGCAAUGGAGCUGGUUUGA